CUGGAGGCUGAAGCAACCUAUGUGACGUUUGUUUUUGCAGUAAUUUUGUUGUUGUUGUUUUGUUUAAAUACAUGUUUCUGGUUCCAGUUGAUGGGGCUCCUAUCUUUCGUCAAAUAUCACAAUUUACAGUUCAAAUGGACUGGCGCUAGUUGGGAGGUAAGUAUAUCACAAUCAUUGACGCCAGAGAAAGCGCGAGUUGAUGGAGAAUGUCCAAUUUCGUGGACGCUCCGAAUGGCUAUCCCUUGUCAGAUGGCUAUCGUAUCAGUAUUUACAAAGAACAAGGUGGAAGGCAUCAUAUGGAGGAUAUACCAGUUUUUGCCAGGGAUAGAUACGAUGGUGUCCCGGAUGAUGUUGUGACGGAGCCUUACGACUAUAUUGCUAUUUUUGAUGGUCAUGGAGGUAGCCAGGCUUCGGAAUACGCGAGCGAACACCUUCUGCGGGACAUCGUUUCUCAGCGGGAAUUCUGGUCCGAUAACGAAGCCGAAAUUCUCGCAGCUAUUCGACAGGGUUUCAUAAACUGUCACUAUAAAAUGUGGAAGGCCUCCAAGGAAUGGCCGCCUUCGUCGCCGGGCAUCAUGUGCACGGCCGGCACAACGGCCAGUGUGGCUUUUGUCCGUGGCGAAAAGAUUUAUGUGGGGCACGUGGGGGAUUCCGGCAUUGCGUUAGGCCGAGUGAACGACUUUUACACCGAAGCACGUGAUAAACCCCUAAAAACUACCCCACCCAAGCUAAAAGUGCAAGGACGAGAAACUGAUCUGACCGAAGCGAUAUUCUCCAACGGCAAAAAGAACGAUCCCAGCAAACAGGAAUCACGUUUCGAAGCACUCAUGUUAACCCGUGAUCACAAACCCGAAAGCCCUGAGGAAAAGGAGCGCAUUGAGAGUCUCAAUGGUGAAGUGCGGAGUAAGAGCGGCGUAUUCCGUGUGGUAUGGAAGCGGCCACUAAAUUCGGAUUUCGUAUUUCCCGAUGUCAUCUUGCCGGUCAAUCCUGUUCCGUUUUUAGCCGUUGCCCGUUCUUUAGGUGAUUUUUGGAGUUAUGAGGAAGAGCACAAUGAGUUUGUUGUGUCUCCGGUGCCUGAUGUGGCAGUGCACGCGUUUUCUAUGCCGAAAAAUCGCUGCCUUAUUGCUGGUUCUGAUGGCCUCUGGAAUGUUGUACGCCCUGCGGAGUGCGUAGAAAUUGUUGAAGAAACUUAUCGGAUGCAGGAACUGUGGAUGUGGCAGUGUUUAAAGGCCGGAAAACGCGAAAGAAUUCAUGGUGCCGACGUUAACGUUGCUGAAUUGUUGGUCAGGAAGGUGUUAAAUCGUUGCGAAUUGCGCAAAAUGCGUUCAGAUAACGUGGGCAUCGUUGUGUACUAUCCUUGCGUGAGCGAAGAAAAAAUCCUGCACGUGAUGGAGAAUCCAGCCGAAGGAAAAAUGUUUCCAUGGUUUAACGACCCCGAUCUAGGUAUUGCGCAGUAUCGUUACAGUCUGAUGCAUUUGCAAAACAUGGUUUCUUGCAUCAAUAAUAAUAAGUCGACGUUAAGUAUCAUGGAGAUUGCUUGCCGCAUUGACAUGAUUGGAUAUGCGCCGAGGCUGCGGUGUAAUCCGUUGCGGGAACAGUCAAGAAAUCCUCUGGACAGCAGAGAAACAACCUUCGAUAUUGAUCCCUUUAUUCCCCAGUGUGCUUUGGUCUUGACCAAAGAAAACGAAAACCUACGAAUUCCUGCGUAUGACGGUCUGUUGCUGGAUGAAGACCUGGCAUGUAACGGGUCAAUGCGUAUCAAUCCCCUGAAGAAACGUCACUCAGACAUAUUACUGAGCCAGAGAAUAAAGAUUUUCCGAACCCACAGCAGUCAGGCGAUCGAAGCCUCGACGACCGUCGAGAGAACAGAACUGACAACUUAUACUGGCUAUAUGAACGGAAGCAAACGUCUGCGCGUUGCGCCGGCUUUCGAAGAAGAGGAAAAUGUUGAUUCUCCGCCGACCUUUUUGUCGCUCUCAUUUUCCCGUGACGAACUCAACGAUCUUGACAAAGUGGCAAACUUUCAGAAGGAUCAUUAACGCAAAUAUCGGUGGUAAUCCCCGUCCUCUUAAGCCCGUUUCAUCUGUAUAUAGUAACGUUUUGCCGUUUUUUAUCGUGGCCGAUUUUGAGUUUGAUUCUCUUCUUUCCUCCGGUAGCUGCUGCAAUAGUACCUCAUACGGGAUAAUUUUUCGGUUUAAUUUAAUUUUUGUUUUAUUUUUUUGUUCGUAAAACUUUGUUUUUUAAACGUAUGCCAAUCUAAUGCUCAGGCAUUUUUUUUGCCAUAGCAUCCUCGCCUUUUCUGAGUAACCGCUUUUUACUUCAACUUUUACGACAUCUUUGGAAUUUUCAUGCAUUUUUUUCCGGAUUUUUUCUGUGGCAAGCGCAAGAUUCAUCCUGUUUAAAGGCUAUGUGGUUUCACUUUUAUUUAUUUUGUGCGAAUUUAUUUAUUAAAGCAAAGGUUUGUCCAA